AUGACCAUGGGGAGGAUCAUAUUCUAUGAGGACCGGAACUUCCAGGGUCGCUCCUAUGAGACCAGCAGUGACUGCCCCGAGCUCACCUCCUACCUGAGCAGGUGCAACUCCUGCAGGGUGGAGAGUGGCCUCUUCAUGGUCUAUGAGAAGCCCAACUUCAUGGGCCAUCAGAUGCUGGCGAGGAGGGGCGAGUACCCGGACAACCAGCGCCUGAUGGGAACGAGUAUGAGCGACUGCAUUAGAUCCUGUCGCAUGAUCCCUAUGCACAGGGGACCUUUCCGAAUGAGGAUCUAUGAGAGAGAGAACUUUGGAGGCCAGAUGCAUGAGCUGAUGGACGACUGCGACAACAUGAUGGAUCGUUUCCACAUGUCUGACUGCCAGUCCUGCAACGUGAUGGACGGCCACUGGCUGAUGUUCGAGCAGCCCAGCUACAGAGGCAGGAUGCUGUACCUCAGGCCAGGAGAGUACAGGAACCUCAGAGAGAUGGGGAUGAGCAACGUGACGAGGUUCAGCUCCAUCAGACGCAUCAUGGACUCUUGCUAA